UCUCCCUUCAUUUGGCACGAAAUGUCAAAUGGCCUGAUGAAAGUCAUCAGGUGGAGUCGUGAGUUGAUCGCCAAUGGAUUCAAAGUAAAAUCCCUCUGUAAGGAAUCGAGCCCAAAGCUACAGACCCACCAAGAAAAACUUCACCUUUCGCGCACUCGCAAUCGCGCUCGCAUGGAUCACUCCAAGAACUCCGUCUUGAGCCUCACCGUCCUCUCCCUCCUCUCCUCCGCCGUCAUCCUCCUCUGCUUCCUCUCCGCAACUCGCUUCCCCCGCCCCUGCCCCGCCCCGAACCCGGCCUCGGUGCACGCUCCGGCGGACGGCCUGGGGUCCGCGCUGGCCCGGGCGGCAAUGCCGGACAAGACCCUGAUCAUCGCCGUCGUGAACGGGGCGUACGCAGAGCAGGGCGUGGAGUCGGACAAGACCAUGCUGGGCCUCUUCCUCGAGAGCUUCUGGCUCGGGGAGGGCACGCGGGGGCUGCUCGACCACGUCCUGGUGGUCGCCGUCGACGAGGCCGCGCACCGGCGGUGCCUGUUCCAGCGGCUCCACUGCUACCGGCUCGAGACGGAGGGCGUCGACUUCGGGGGAGAGGCGGUCUACAUGUCGAAGGGCUUCGUGAGGAUGAUGUGGGCGCGGACGCAGUUCCUGACGGAGGUGCUCCGGCGAGGGUACAGCUUCAUCUUCACGGACACCGACGUAAUGUGGCUGAGAAACCCGUUCGCAAGGCUGAGCCGCAACCAGAGCGUAGACCUCCAGAUCAGCACCGACCUGUUCAACGGCGACCCGCGGCCGGAGAAGAACCUCAUCAACACCGGGUUCUACUUUGUGAGGUCAAACAACAAGACGGUCGCGCUGUUUGAGGCGUGGUACGCCCAGAAGGACAACGCCACCGGGAAGAAAGAGCAGGACGUCCUGCAGGACCUCGCGCGGGAGGGCGCGUUCGGGGAGCUCGGGCUCAACGUGCGGUUCCUGGACACGCGCUACUUCAGCGGGUUCUGCCAGGACAGCAAGGACAUAAGGGCCGUGUGCACCGUGCACGCCAACUGUUGCCGGAGCAUAGGCGCCAAGACCUUGGACCUCACGGCGGUCCUCCAAGACUGGAAGCGGUUCCGACAGUCUGACAAGGAGGAGAACGCUGCCGUCGGUGGUGUCAAUGGAACCGCGGCGCCAUACAGAUGGUCCGACCACGUCGGCUGUUCGAAGUCAUGGAAGAGGGUAGGGAACAGCACCCUGAUUUCAUAAGAAGAGAGAGGGGUCCGAUUCGUUUAACAGUACCAAAAUUUGAGAGGAGAAACGUUUCUCAUGGUGAUUAUCUUCCUUUUUGUAUAUCCCACCGGUACAUUCAGUCAUGCAAUGUGUUUGGAAACUCACCAGUCAGAAUUCAAUCCA